UACAUACUAGAUGUUAAACAUUUACUACCAAAUUGUGUUAAGAUUAAAAAAUGCAUCUACUAGAAUCUAUAACCCCUUUAAUUUUCUUCAUAAUCACACUUUACAAUUAUUAUGGUAAAGUAGAGGGACAUCAAGCAACAUUCUAUAUACACAACAAAUGUCCUUUUCCAAUAUGGCCAGCAACAGCACCAAACACUGGUCAACCAAUCAUAGCAGAUGGUGGAUUCUAUCUUCCUUCAAGCCAAACAAAGAAAAUUCUAGCACCAUGGUCAUGGAGUGGAAGAAUUUGGGCAAGAACAGGUUGUAAUUUUGCUUCAAAUACUUGGAAGCCAUCUUGUGAAACAGGAGAUUGUGAUGGAAAACUAGCUUGCAAUGGACUCAUAGGAACUCCACCAGUUACAUUAGUUGAAAUCACACUUCAAGGUGAUAAAGGAAAACCAAAUUUCUAUGAUGUUAGUCUUGUAGACGGUUACAACAUUCCGGUCUCCGUCGUCGUUGCUAACAAGAACAUAAAUUCGAAGUGUAACAUUCAAGGUUGUUUGAAGGAUGUUAGAAGUUUGUGUCCACAUGAGCUUGAGGUUUUGAAUUCUAAUGGAGAAGUUGUGGCUUGCAAAAGUGCUUGUUUGGCUUUUGAUCUUGAUAACUUUUGUUGUAGGAAUGGUUAUGGAAAUCCUGAGAAGUGCAAGCCAAAUGUUUACUCAAAAAUAUUUAAGGAUGCUUGCCCUAAUUAUUUUAGUUAUGCUUUUGAUACUCCUACUCCUCUUGUGAGUUGUGGAUCCUUAGAAUAUGUAAUCACAUUUUGUCCUAAUGGGUGGGGUCGUGCUGCCGUUGAUGUGCCAAAACCUCGUAUUGAAGUUUCUGAUAUAUGAUGCGUGUCAGUGCGUAUCGGUAUAACAUGUCUGUCAGAUGUCUGAGUUUGCGUCUAUAUUUGAUAUGUAUUUUUCAUAUUUGUUUAUUUAUUUAUUUAUUUUUAUCUUUGACACGUGAUAGUGGAAGUUCGGUUCGGAUAGAAUCAAAUUAACAAUUGAUUCUUAAGACACUCUUGAUAUUAUUGAUAUGUAAUAAUAAAGCUCUUGAUAGAUAGGUUGAUUAUGUUGAUGUAUGGCAUAUUACUUAAUAAGAAAUGAAUAAUCAAAUAUUAUAUUAA